AUGGAUAACUCAAUCCAACGUAGUCUCAACGACAAGCUCUACGACCGACGGAAGCUCGGCGCCCUCGAACUAGAGAAGGUAGUUCGGGAGUGCGUCGCGCAUGAGGAUCAUGAACGUAUCCGCCUCAUCAUCGACCAACUCUGCCACGAGUUCGCGUACGCCGUUCACCAACCGCAUGCGCGGAAUGGAGGACUGAUUGGUCUUGCUGCGGCGAGUAUCGCGUUGGGGCCUGAAGUUGCGAAAUAUCUGAAGGAGAUUGUACCUCCAGUGCUAGCAUGCUUUGCGGAUCAGGAUGCGAGGGUGCGGUACUAUGCUUGCGAGAGUAUGUAUAACAUCGCAAAGGUCGCAAAGGGCGAAAUACUCCCGUUCUUCAACGAUGUGUUCGACGCACUAUCAAAACUAGCCGCGGACUCCGAGCUCUCAGUCAAGAACGGUGCGGAGCUACUGGACCGCCUUGUAAAAGACAUUGUAGCAGAGUCAGCGCCCACCUACGUCUCCGUCCUGCAGUCUCCGGAGCAGAGCAUAAUAGACGACCAAUCCGAUUCGAAUUCUCCCACAUAUGCUUCAGAAGCAGCCUUCAAGACUGCAUUCUCGUUGCCGCUGUUUAUUCCACUACUGACAGAGAGAAUCCACGUUGUUAACCCCUUCACCCGCAUCUUUUUGGUGUCAUGGAUAACACUCUUGGACUCAAUCCCAGAUUUAGAGCUCGUAACCUACCUCCCGAACUUCCUCGGUGGCCUCUUCGAGUUCCUCUCAGACCCCAACCAAGACGUGCACGUCGCCACACAGCAAGCCCUCGAAGGCUUCCUCGCCGAAAUCAAGCGCAUUGCGAGCGUAAAACGGAACAUUGAAGAGUCUCGCAAAUCACGGAACAGAGAGCGGGCGCGCAGUGAAGACGGUAGUGUCAAUGACGGCACCGACGAAGGCAUGAACCGACACCUCUCCGAAAAGCUCUCCCUUAGCGAUACAGGGGAUAAUACUAUUAUACCUGAUGACGAAAAGAGCGGCGCGGACGGCUCUUGGAUACCAGGUCAAGAUGUGGUCGUCGCGUACCAGAAGAUCUUGGAGAUUUUCAUUCCAUUCAUCGACUCGUCAGGUGGGUUCUACUUUAUCUCUAAUGGAGAAACCACAAAAGCCAGGAACUUACCGCCAGAGAUAGAGGAGGAGAUUCAACUUACUGCGUUGCGGUGGGUUGAUAACUUUUUCGAGAUAUGUCCAGAAGAUAUGCUGCCCUUUGUUCCGCGAUUGCUGUCGCAUGUUCUUCCGGCUAUCGCGCAUGAAAUCGAGGUGGUACGCCAAGCGGCGCUGAAGGUUAAUACCAACCUACUAAAUCUAAUUAUGUCACUGAGUGAAGAGAGUGUGUCGCCGCCUAUGUCGCGGCAACCGACAAGAGAGAGUACAGGCAUGGGAGAGAGGAGCGGAAGCGAUAGGCGGGACUCUAUGCCGAGACAGCCACUACCAAAGGAGUCAGAUUCAAUGGGAAGGCGUACACCGUCAAGUAUUCCGCCUGCGCCACCGACGCCUGUCCCUCCACCAUCGCCCACUCCGCCGAAACAGGCAGAUCUGGAUUACUCGGCAACAGUUAAUGCACUAACUCUGCAGUUUCUCAAUGAGCAUGAGCAGACAAGGGUUGUGGCCCUGGAGUGGCUAUUGAUGCUGCAUAAGAAGGCACCUCGUAAAAUGCUCGCCAUCAACGACGGCACUUUCCCCGCACUUCUAAAAACUCUCAGCGAUCCCUCAGACCAAGUUGUAACUCGCGACCUUCAGCUCCUCUCCCAAAUCAGUCACAACAGUGAAGACGACUACUUCACCUCCUUUAUGGUGUCUCUUCUCUCACUCUUCUCUACUGACCGACGGCUCCUCGAAACCCGUGGGAAUCUUAUCAUUCGGCAUCUAUGCGUAAACCUAAACCCAGAACGGAUCUACCGCACACUUGCAGACAUUCUUGAGAAGGACGAGGACGUAGAAUUUGCCAGUAUCAUGGUGCAAAACCUGAACAAUAACUUGAUCACAGCACCGGAACUAACAGAUCUGAGAAAACGGCUGAGAAGUUUGGAUACAAAGGAUGGCCAGACGUUCUUUGUGAGCUUGUUUAGGAGCUGGUGCCACAAUGCCGUUGCAACAUUCUCGUUGUGUUUAUUGGCGCAAGCAUAUGAGCAGGCGUCGAACUUAUUGCAGAUCUUCGCUGAACUCGAAAUCACCGUCAACCUUCUCAUCCAAAUUGAUAAACUCGUUCAACUUCUGGAAUCCCCCGUCUUCACGUACCUCCGUCUGCAACUCCUCGAACCCGAGAAGCACCCUUACCUCUACAAAUGCCUCUACGGUCUUCUAAUGCUCCUCCCACAAUCCUCCGCCUUCGCCGCCCUCAAGAACCGCCUCAACAGCGUCAGCGCAAUUGGCUACCUUCACGUUGCUCCGCGCGCCGCACCUCCAGAGCGUGAAAGGCCAGGGAGAUUAAAGGGGAAGGUGGACGACAUCAAGUGGGUUGAAUUGCUGGAAAAGUUUAAGAGUGUCCAGGAGAGGGCAAGGAGACAGCAGAUGUUUCAUGUUGGCGGCGGCGGUAAUAGUGGGGGUACGGGCACGCCACAGGUCAUGUCGCCGACGAGGGCGGGGACACCGGCAGCGGGGAAGAGCACCGUGGGGACUGUGAGGCCUGGAGGGUCCGGUUCCGGGAUGGGGUUGGGCGGAAGACUGGCUGCGGGGAGGAGGGGUGUCAGGAAAUGA